GCUCUCCGGCUGAAUGGACUAACUGUUUUCAUUUGCAGGGUUUCGUAAGUGCUGCACCCUGGACGCACUUCAGUCUCUCUGCGGAGGUUUCACUUGUUCCUCCGAGCUUCCUUCCCGUCAGCGCACAGAGGUCACAUCCUAACAUGGCUCGGAGACUCUGGCUCUUGCUAAGUAAUGCGUUGCUUUUUCUCUCGUUUGGCGCGGAAGGGGCAUACAGCAGGGAGAGAGUUUACUAUAUCGGAAUCAUAGAGGACGACUGGUCUUACGCACCAAGUGAAAAAAACCUACUGACCGGCCAAAACAUCGCAGAUGACGAACAUGCAUCUAUUUUCCUGGAAAGAGGGAAAGAUCGCAUUGGCAGUACCUACAAGAAAGCAAUGUACAGAGAGUACACAGAUGCCACCUACAGCCACCUGGCGGCCAGGCCAGAUUGGCUUGGUUUUCUGGGACCCGUAUUGCGAGCUGAGCUUGAUGAUGUCGUCAUAAUUCACCUAAAAAACUUUGCUAACAGGAGCUACUCCAUACAUCCCCAUGGACUUUUCUACGAGAAGAACACAGAAGGGGCUCUGUAUCCAGACAAGACACCCAAUAAUUGGAAGGAGGACGACUCUGUACCUCCAGGGGGCAGCUACACUUACCGCUGGGAGGUAAGACCGAGGUUUGUCCCCACAAACGAUGACGCCAACUGCUUGACCUGGAUCUAUCACUCCCACAUUGAUACUCCAAAGGAUAUUGCUUCAGGCCUCAUUGGACCUCUCAUCACAUGCAAGAAAGGUAUUCUGAAGAAUCCUGGAAGACAGGUUUCGGAGUCGGCCCGCAAGGAUGUCGAUCAGGACAUCUACUUGUUGUUCAGUGUGGUGGACGAAAACUUGAGCUGGUACCUGGAAGACAACAUUAAGAGAUGCUUGGAACCAGAUCGGGUCUCUUCAGACGAUUCAGAGUUUGAGGAGUCAAACUUGAUGCAUGCUAUAAACGGGUACACAUUUGGUAAUCUGCCUGGUAUUAAGCUCUGCCAGCACCGGCCUGUAGCCUGGCAUUUAUUUGGGAUGGGUAACGAAGUGGACAUCCACAGUGCUUUUUUCCAUGGAAACACUCUGCUGGACCGAGGCCACCGCACUGACACAAUCAGCCUGUUUCCAGCCACGUUCGCUACGGCUGCAAUGGUCCCAAAAAUGAGAGGAAAGUGGCUGCUGAGCUGCCAGGUUAACGACCACUUACAAGCUGGUAUGCAGGCCUUUUACGAAGUGAUGUCAUGUGAUUCUUCGUCUGGCAGCACACCAACACCUGGUGUUGUCAGGAAUUUCUACCUGGCAGCAGAGGAAGUCCAGUGGAACUAUGCCCCCUCAGAAAAGAAUCUGAUUAAAAACACAUCGCUUACUGAAGAAGGCAGGGCAUCAGAGGUGUUUUUUAGCCGAAAUAACGGAGCAAUCGGCGGUACCUAUGUAAAAGUAAUAUACAAAGAGUACACAGACAAUACCUUCACCCACGUCAAAGCAUCCCCAUCCGAUCAUGGACUUUUGGGUCCUGUUCUGAGGGCAGAGGAGGGAGAUAUUCUCAGAGUGACAUUCCAGAACAAGGCCAAUAGAAGCUACAGCAUUCAUCCUCAUGGACUUCACUAUGAGAAACAUUUCCAGGGAACCAGCUACGAAGAUGGUUCUGACAAUCCAGGGUCGCAUGUUGACCCGGGUAAGGAAUUUGUCUACACUUGGCGGGUGCUGGAAGGCCCGUCGUCGUCCGAUUCUCUCUGUAUUCCCUACCUGUACUACUCCGCCACGGAUCCUGUCAAGGAUACCAACUCCGGAUUAGUCGGACCUCUGCUUGUGUGUAAACGAGGAGCGCUGGGGGAGAAUGGAAUCCAGAAGGGUAUUGACAAGGAGUUCUUCCUCCUUUUCUCUGUCAUGGACGAAAACUUGAGCUGGUACUUGAAUGAAAACAUCAAGCUUUUCGGCACUGCUGAGACAGAUGAAGAAGACGAUAACUUUGUGGAGAGCAACAAAAUGCACGCUAUAAAUGGACUCAUGUACGGGAACCUUCCGGGGCUGGAAAUGUGUGCCGGGGACAAUGUCAUGUGGUACACCUUUGGGCUCGGCACAGAGGCAGACAUACACGGAGUGUAUUUUGAGGGAAACACCUUCAAGAAACAAAGCUCUACACGCGAUACAGUCAGCCUGUUUCCCCACACCACUGCAGCUCUCUUCAUGCAGCCAAAUAAUCAUGGUAUUUUUGAGGUGGACUGCAGAACAACAGAUCACUUCUCAGCUGGCAUGAGGCACCUUUACAAAGUCAAACCUUGCAAGGGCAAAAGAACACAUGCCACACGCUCUGACCCUACCAGGAUUGUGAAGUAUUAUAUCAGUGCAGAGGAAAUUGAAUGGGACUACUCACCUACAAGACACUGGGAGCUGGAGAAACACAACACAAAUCCAGAGGAGAGUCCAGGCAAUAUAUUUGUGGGUAAAGGGGAGAACAGGAUUGGCUCCCGCUAUAAGAAGGUAGUGUAUCGUGAAUACACAGAUGAAACCUUCAAAACUCAGAAGGCACGGGAGGAACACUUGAGCAUCUUGGGUCCGAUAAUCCACGGAGAGGUGGGAGAGCAGAUUCUGAUUAUAUUCAAAAAUAAAGCCAGUCGGCCUUACUCCAUCACACCACAUGGAGUCAAGCCCAGCGGUGCACACGUUGCUGUUCAACCUGGCCACAUUAUUGAGUUGACUUGGGAUAUUCCUGUAAGCUCUGGCCCAACAAAUUCAGAUCCUAACUGCAUUACCUAUGCUUACUUCUCAUCUGUUGACUACAUCAAGGACCUCUUCAGUGGUCUUCUUGGGCCCCUGGUGAUAUGCAGGCCUGGGACUCUGGGCCGUGGUGCAUUAGUCGACAGACGAAGGCGGGACACAGACAGGGAGUUCGCGCUGCUGUUUUUGGUGUAUGAUGAAAACCAGUCCUGGUACUUGGAUGACAACAUUAAGACAUACCUUGGCGUUGAUCCUGGAACAUUUUCAAAAGACGAAGACUUUGAGGAGAGUAACUUGAUGCACGGAAUAAAUGGUAGAGUGUAUGGUAACCUCCAUGGACUGGUGAUGAAGGAGAAUGAGAGAGUCGACUGGUAUCUGCUUGGCAUGGGCAACGAAAUAGACAUGCACACAGUUCACUUUCAUGCCGAAACCUUCAUCUACAGGACGGACCACGUGCAUCGUGCAGAUGUUUUCGAUCUGUUCCCUGGGACGUUCCAGACUGUUGAGAUGGUGGCGGCAAACCCAGGGACAUGGCUGCUCCAUUGUCACGUCUUUGACCACAUCCAUGCAGGCAUGGAGACCACUUACACAAUAAACGCAACAGAGAGCCACUUGCCAGCAACAGAGAGAAAUUUGCCAGCUGCAGCCCCAGAACACAAAGUCAGUUUCAAGACGCUGCUGUUCGCAUCUGGAUUCAGUCUACUAGCAAGAAGAAUGUAUAGAUGAGGGACAGAUGAUUGUAUGUGUGUAAGCACAAUUAUGGUCAAUGAUGCACCUUUCUUUUGAUUACCUAAUGUAAUCAAAACUAUGUAAGAUAAUACGAAAUAGAUUGUAUUGUGUAUGUUAUGUCAACCACUGGAUGGUCAUGCCUACUUCAAUGACUUUAUGGUAUUUUUGAAUUGUGCACUGUCAAUCCAUUAUUUAAAAAAAAAGAGAGAUGUUGAACCAAAUAUUUUAAGUUGGUUUUGAAUGUAUGGAUAAAUCUAUUUCUUCUA